GAGGUAGGAGGAGUGAUGGCGUGAAGGUGGAAAAAGGAGAACAAGAAGAGAGUGAGUAGUCUUCAAGUCUCGUCCAAGGCAAGACGCGGAGAAUUAUUCGCUUCUUUUUCUAUCUAUUUUCACCCUGCCCGAAACAUUUCGUGAAUAGAAUAUUUAAAUAUAGCGGCUGUUUUUUUAUCUCACUCGGUGGCGUUUGUUUUUUCACCUGAAUGUGUGCUGCUCCGGUUGCGCAGUGUUAUUAGAGCUGUGUGUCAUCUACAUGUGCUGCAUUGAUUGCACGAGGAUAACCAUUCGGAUUCCGUCAUUGCCAUCGAUUACAAUUUGAUUAACAAUUUUAAAAAAAGCGUUUGACACAUCAUGGGGCCAGCUACGAUCUGUGGAACCAACCGCCAUCACGUGUCUCUCGGAUGGGUCCGUCACGAUGAGGCCUUAACAAAAAUGGCGGCCGCUUGCUGGGCUCGCGACCGUUUCACCGAUGUCGUCAUCUUUUGCGAGGAUCGGGUUUUGCACGCUCAUCGACUGGUCUUGGCCAGUAUGAGUCCUCUGCUGGCCAACUUGCUGGCCGAAGCCGAAGGCCCUGACACUGCCUUGCUCCUACCGGAGGUGAAAGCCGAAGAUAUGCGACUGUUGCUGCAAUUUAUCUACCAAGGUGAAGUUGUCCUACCGCCUAGACGGACCGCAGCUCUGCUGGACUUGGCCGCCCAGCUUUGCGUGGCCGGAGUACGCGGUGGUGCGACGCCUCCGUCGCCGCCUCGAUCCGACUCGCCGGAACUCGAUUCCAGCGACCGGAAUGAAUCGGAUCAAGUGUCCGAAGACGAACAACAUCCCGACGAAUCUCGCCAAAAGUCCAAUCAAAUUUCCGAUCGAGUUGAAGUGACCAACAUUUGCCCAGCUCCUGCCAACGACAACAUUUCGCAAACGGAAAAUAGUAAAGAUGAUUCCACCGAUGAAUCCAACGACAGGCCAAUGAACCUUGCUGCUAAACCAGAGGCCAAAGCCAAUGAAAACGUCAACUGUUCCCGACCGAAGCCUUGCAAUUCCAGCCCACCUGAUUUCAACGCCUUUUCCAAUCACUCAAUCAGCACUCCACUUGUUACGCGACUGUCUGAACCGCGCACCUCGACGGCGAGUUAUUACCAGCACCCGGCCCUGCGCGGUUGCCAUCCGUUCUCACUGGAACUGGCCAUCAGUCACAACCGCAAUCUCAGCAGGUGCCGCACGGCCGAUGCCAGUCCCUACACGCGGCCGAAUCAUUCGCGCAAGUCGCCGUCGGAAACCAACUCGGAUGUGGAAAUGACAUCGACGGCCGACGACCGUGAUCGAGAAAUCGAUUUGAGUCUCAAACCCGAUUCCAACCACACCCGAUCAUCCAGUAAUCUGGACGAAGACAAGAUCUCACCUUCGCCAGAGCACGACAACAGUUUUGAAAGUAGCGAAUCAGUCGAACCACACCCAGGUAGAGACGAGUACUCACACCAAGCCAACGGCGGAUCGUCGGGAGUGACGGAUAUGCGGAUGAAUCUGGCGGAUAAAAUGCUUCUACUACCGGCCAUCGGAUCGGGAACGGGAAUGAGUGCGGAUCCGAGGCGCACGUAUCUGGAGGCCGUUCUACAAGAGAGUCUCGUUCAGCAAAGUUACACCAUCGUUUUACCCUCUCAUUUGGGCGUGACGAACGCCUUGGCGUCGUCCGAACGGGCAGGAGCUCCAACGGUUCACAGCAAUUCAAGUCUGGAGAACAAAACGUGGAAUUUAAGUGGGAAGCACAGCGCAGCAGCUGCGGCUGUGGCUGAACUUCAAUGCCUUCAAGGUUUCUUUAAUUCGCAUGGCGGACUGAGCAUCAGCAGCAACAACGAGCCGAAUUUCAGCCGGAAUUCGGCCGGCCUUCGUUGCGAUGAAGACGACGAAGAUGACGAAGAUGAGGACGAAGAUAUGAUGCCGACCAAUUUGAGCACGAGUAAAAACGGUAACUACGGCAGUCCAAACAGCAUGAAUUCUAAGCGCAAUGGCAAAGAAGGUUACAGUUGCCAAGUGUGUCGUAAAAUGUUCACGUCGUCCAGCAAUUUGGCUGUCCAUUCAAUGAUCCAUUCGGGCACGAAACCUUUCAAAUGCGACCUCUGCUCCUGGUCGUUUCGCCAGAAAGCUCAUUUGCAGAAACACAUGCGUCACAUUCACAAGAUCAUAGUCGCCAAGUGAUUGUCAGUUGUUUUAUAAAACUGACGAAAAAACAUCGUUCGACACUGCGCAGUGUGCUAAUUUGGCUGUUGGUCUCAUCACUCUCAGAAUGUGACAGCACUAAGCAUUUGGCAUAUGCUCUUUUACUAUCGUACUUGAAAAGAAAAAUCUGCUGUACAUAUACUGGAUUGACGUAAAUUGUAUAUUGGCUAUUCUUUAAUUGCUUUCGUUGGCUUUCGUUGAAAUUAGCUUACGGCGGUCCCCCCACACACACAAACAAAUAUGUGUUCCCUAAUAUGGCGCGUGUCCUUUUUUGGUUUCGGGAGAUAUAAGGAUAUAUUAGAAAUCAAUUCUUGGAUGUAAUAACCCUGUGUUAUUCAGGGUUGGCUGAUUUCCUCCAGUGUGUUUUUUUAAAUCUUACUUAGUUUUACUCGGUUUUGAUCUUUGCCGUCCUCUAAAGGUAUCUAUGAAAGUGAUGCUAGGUAGGUCAAUUGUUUCCCAAAAAAGUUGAUACAUUUUUCCUCUUUAACAUUUCAUUAUGUUCCUCGAAACUUGCACUCUUGUGUGUUAACGUGUGAAAAACUGAAAAUAAUACAAAAGUAUUUUGUAA